GAGUUCACAUACGAGAGCCCUGUGGCUGAGUCGUCUGCUAGUGAAGGCAAAGAACCCACUUUGACAAAUCAAGCAUUGAAGAAGACGAUAUUGAAAGUUGAUGGCGCUUUCCCUUCUACUCGAAGACGGUUACCGGUUGUAUCGGUUCACAGCAAUGUAAUAUCGCCUCUCGAUUUUGCUUGCCAAAAAUUAGAGUUGAAAGCGAGUCAGAUAAAUGCGGUGCUGGAUGAUGUCAGUGAGACUCGUCCUCUUGACGUCAAAGGGCUUCAACUACUUCUUCAAGGGGCAGUGAUGCCUACUGUUAAUGCGGGCCCAUUGGCGUACGCGGAAGCAUUCACACAAUCCGAACAAAGGGAGCGUUAUGGAGAAAAGGGAGUUCGUGAUCUGGAAAGCGCCUUCAGGAAACUGAUGUCAGCAUGUGAACGUGCGUUGCAAGUCAAUGAAACUGUUGUUGCAAUGGAUCAGCAGACCUAUCACGAAGUUCUGUUGGCAUCGUUCGACGCCAUGCAUGAGCGAUUGUUCGGCUUCUUCGGUACUUCGCUUCGUGAUGCCCGACGUCAGGAAGCCACUGACGGUGACAUACCGAAAUCAGCUAUUCAUGUUCUUGACACCAUAGGAGGGGUGACAGCGUGA